UUGCUCGAUGAGCUCGGAAAGUGUGAGCACGUUUUACUAUUGUGAAGAUAAACAUGCGGUGAUUUCUUGCGCGACAGUGUUAAUUUAAUUUUGCUAAAAUAAUACAAUCACAUACAUUUUGUAACAUAUACUCGAUAUUAAUCACAGUUUUAUUUGUUGUAUAAUUAUAUUACAUAAUGGAUUCUAGCUGCCUAUGUGGUAAAGAAGGUAUGCUUGUGGGUAUAGGAAAUCCCCUGUUAGAUAUAUCAGCUAUAGUCGAUGAGGAAUUGCUCAAGAAGUAUGGUCUACAUCCAGAUGACGCUAUUAUGGCUGACCCUAAACAUAUGCCACUUUACAGGGAGCUUGUAGAAAAAUAUAAUGCUGAAUUUAUAGCCGGAGGCAGUGUGCAGAACUCUCUCAGAGUAGCUCAAUGGAUAUUAAAAAAACCUAAUGUAUGCAGUUACUUUGGCUGUGUCGGAAAUGAUGAUUACGCUAAGAUAUUAAGUGAGAGAGCAAUUGCGGAGGGUGUAACUGUCCACUACCAAGUGACCGAAGAGGCUCCAACAGGAACCUGUGCCGUCCUUGUGACGGGCACACAUCGCUCGCUCUGUGCAAACCUGGCCGCGGCGCAGAAGUUCACUCCAGACCAUCUGGCUAAAGAGGAAUGUCGGAAGAGCAUUGAAAGCGCAAAGUUCUUUUAUGCCUCAGGUUUCUUCGUAGCAGUGUCGCCAGAGUCUAUAAUGUUGCUCGCGAAGCACGCGCACGAGAACCGGCACACGUUCAUUAUGAACUUGAGCGCGCCCUUCGUGUCGCAGUUCUACAAGGAGCCCUUGGAAGAGAUGCUGCCCUACGUCGACGUGUUGUUCGGAAACGAGUCGGAAGCAGAUGCAUUCGCAAAAGCGUUCAACAUUACAGAAACCGAUCUUCAAGGGGUGGCUUUGAAAAUAGCGGCACUACCCAAAAUAAACUCGUCCAGACAAAGAGUGGUUGUGAUAACCCAGGGUAAAGACCCGGUGAUCUUGGUAGAAGGAACCAAGGUGACCCUGGUACCCGUUGAAAUACUAUCCAGAGAGCAAAUCGUGGAUACUAAUGGGGCAGGGGAUGCUUUCACAGGGGGUUUCCUAAGUCAAAUGGUCCUAGAGGAACCUUGGGAGACUUGUGUCAAGUGUGGUAUAUAUAGUGCGACUCAUGUAAUACAACAUUCUGGUUGUACAUUUAGCGGUAGCAGUGACUUUAGAGCAAGUUAAUAUUCAUAAUUAUUAGCUCAAAGACAUAUCGAAAUGCAAUACUAACGAAGAGUUAUCAAAUUUUACACAAUUCGUACAAUUAUAUAUAACACAUAUUUUUUUACAGUUUAUGUAGUUAUUGGAUGUUUUUAAUUCAUUUUAGUUAUAUGUAGAUGUUCGAUACAUAAGAUAGUUUUUGAAUCAUUAAGUUCAAGAUUCAUUAAGUAAAUCAAAUCCUAUUUAAAUCAAGAAUAUGCAAAUUAUUAUUUGCACAUUGUUAUUAAGGGCGUAAAAGCCGAGAUGGCCCAGUGGUAAGAACGCGUGAAUCUUAACCGAUGAUCGUGGGUUCAAACCCGGGCAAGCACCACUGAAUUUUCAUGUGCUUAAUUUGUGAUUAUAAUUCAUCUCGUGCUUUACGGUGAAGGAAAACAUCGUGAGGAAACCUGCAUGUGUCUAAUUUCACUGAAAUUCUGCCACAUGUGAAUUCUACCAACCCGCAUUGGAGCAGCGUGGUGGAAUAAGCUCCAAACCUUCUCCUCAAAAAGAGGAGAGGAGGCCUUUAGCCCAGCAGUGGGACAUUCACAGGCUGUUACGGAUACGGAUUAAGGGCGUAGCUACCGCCGUAUCAGCCGUAUCAAAAACACGGGGCCCCCUAGUAAAAAUUCGUAAAAUGUUAUCCAAAAUGACACUGAACCUUUAAUACCGUAGGCUAAAUUUUCCGGGAAAAAAUGAAAAUAUUAUACACGUGUGAAAUAUAAACUUGAAUGGGUAGUUUUACUCGUUGACGGAAAAAAAACAAAAAAGUCAUCGCCGCGGAUGAAGGGCCCCACGCAAAAUUCACGCCACUGAUUGUUAUUGAAAAUUUCAAAAAUAAGGUUGCACCAAAAAGUAUUGAAUUGAACGUCUGGUUGAAAAUCUGCAUGAUAGUUAUAAACUAAUAAUUUUACAAAUACUUAAUUAUUUAAUAACCGUGUUCGAAUAUGUUUACCGAGAAUUGAGUUUAGCGUUAGUGGCUUAAUUACCUAAUAAUUACACAUUUUAUUCACACUUAUAGGAAUACUAAAGCAAUUAGCAUGUAAUCUAACAGCUCAGAAAUAAACAUCUAAAUAUUAAUAUAUGUAGAAAAAACUUUAUCGACUUGUCAAGCAUAUUGUGCGCACUGAAGAGAGAGCGUAAGAUUAUACAGACAGCUAAAAUUCAUAAAUAAAAGAAAACAUAAAUUGUGUAUAAAACACACUGUCAAUUUGAUUUUUUUUUUAUUUGAAUUUUUUAUUACUAUAUAAGGUAUACAGGUACUAUACCGCCAAGCCUAACCUAAUAAUUAUAAAAAAAAAACAGUUAUAUAAGUUUAUACUUGUCUAAAGAAUUUUAAGUUAAUUAAUAGCAAUAAAUUUUAAUCGAAUUUCGGCCACUAGGCGACCAUUUGCAGUAUUGAUACAGUCUAUGUCGCCAACUUAUUAAACAUUUCUAAUAUGCUCAAAUAAUAUAGUGUUUGAAGAUGCAACGCCCCUCAGCUCAUUGUAACAUAAUUGCACCAUUCAAUUCCUAUUGUUUUAUUACAUAUGAUAAUACCCUUGGUGAGGUAUAUAAAGAUUCAAAUACAUGUUAAACCUUGAUGUUUUGUGUUUCUAAUAAUAAUAUUAAUCCUUAUUAUUGUCAUAUAAAAGUACUACUAAUAUUUGUUGUGCAAAUUAAACAAUUACUCAUUAUUGUUCAAACAUUUAUAUAGCUUUUAUCUUGUGGAUACAAGAAAUUAAAUUUGCAUAUAUUUUCAGUAAAUCAACAAAACUUUACCAUGAUUAAAGCAUAUAGUGGUCCUUAGUUGAGUCUCAAAGCCCUCCUCGCCUUGGGUAGUUAGCAGCUUAUUAAAUUUGAAUUAACCAAAUUUUAUUGUCUCAGCUAAUAAUUAAUGAUAAUAAUAAAAAUUAUUUUAAAAAUAAAAAAAGGUAAAUACCAAAUGAAAUAACUUUGAAGUUUCUUUCUCAUGGGUUGCACGACAUCACCCAAAGCAGCUCCUUACAUUGCCUAUAUGGAUAAUCUGGGACUGCUUAUAUAUUAGUAUUGUAAAUAGAUCUGACAUCAGAAAUAACGAAUAAAUACUGUUUAUGUGACACAAUCCAGGAAAUUGUUUUACAUUAAAAUAAUAAUGACAUAUAUAUUUGGAUAUUUAGUUUUUUUAAACAAAUUUAAUUUGUACUGACGAAUUUCAACAAAAAAGCUUUUGACAUUCAUUUAUAAACCAUCUUUACAUAAAUGACUUGUCAAAAACAAAUUCAAAAUGGUAAAUCUAUAACAAUAACAACAUUAACAAAACAAUCAACUAAAGGAAAAGUAAUAUAUGGCUUACAAACUACUAAAUGAUUUUUUUUAGGUUUUUUAAGCAUAGUUAACAAAUUGGAAAUAUUUCGAUUGUUAAUAACCAUAAUAAUAUAACAGUUAAUGUGUAUCAUUUGAAAGAUACCUCAUUUUGUUUUAGGAUUUUUUACUUUAAAUGUCUACCUGUGUAAAUACUAUAGAAUAUUUUAUGAGAUGAACUUGCCAAUUUGGCACAUUCCCCUCAUCACCUAAGAGAGGCAUACAUCUAUACACCUCGACAACUGUAAAUUUUUUAAAAGCAUUAAUAAUUUUACUUAUGCUACGUGUUACACGAAUUGAAUAUAUGUCUGGAUUUAUCCUGCAGACAAAAUUGGGGAUUAUAUUUCGAUCUUUAGCCUUCAGUAGUACAUUCCUGUAUUUCCUGUAAGGUAACAGUAAUAAAUAUGCGUAUGAAUUUAAUUUAGUUAAAAAUUGUUUAUUCGAAAUGCAAAACCACUUGAAAAGUAAUAAUAUUGUUGUACUUAUGUUUAUAUCAAUAAUUAAUUGAUGUGAAUAAAACUUUUUCUACUA